GCACACGACGCAUUGUGUAGUCUUUUGCAGAGCUGGUCCAUCGCGUUGAACAUGGAGAGCCGCAACAUCGCGCUCCUCGGGGCCUUGCUGUUCAUCUGCCGACCAGCGUCCGCCUUUGUGUCCGUAGUAGGGCCCGUGACCGCCAACAACGGGGGAGCAGGUUUGAGUGCGCCGCGAAGCCCCUCAGCGCCGUGGAACGAGCAUGCCAGAGGGCAGCAGCCAGUGUCACCGCUAACGGGGAGGCGGAGCCGUGCUGGUACCGCGUUGUCGAUGGGGGCGAAGUCGGUGGUCUUUGGAGAAGACGCCCGCAAGAAGCUCGCGGACGGCAUCAACGCGGUUGCCGACGCGGUCAAGGUGACCCUGGGGCCGAAAGGCAGGAACGUGGUGCUCGAGCGGGCGUACGGCGCCCCCGAGAUCGUCAAUGACGGUGUGACCAUCGCCAGGGAUAUCGAGGUCGAAAACCACGAGGAAAACGUCGGCGUUAAGCUCGUCCAGGAAGUAGCGCAGAAGUCGGACAACAGGGCCGGUGACGGGACGACGACGUCGACCCUCCUCACCCAGGAGAUCGUGAACCAGGGCAUGCGUCUCGUGACUGCGGGCGCCAACCCGGUGGAGUUGCGGCAGGGCAUCCUGGCUGCCUCGGGCAUGAUCAUCGAGGAGAUCAAGAAGCUGGCUGUGCCCGUCGGGAAGAACGAGGACCUCCUCAACGUCGCUACGAUCGCCAGUGGAUCUUCCACCAUGGGAAGCAUCAUCGCCAAGGCCUUUGAGAGGGUCGGGGACACCGGGUCCACCGUAGUGGAGGAGAGCCAGACCCUGGGUGACGAGGUCGAGUUCACGGAGGGACUCACGAUCGACAGGGGCUACCUGUCGCCCUACUUCAUCAGCGACCAGGAGCGCUCGCUAUGCGAGUUUAAGAACCCUAAGAUCCUGGUAACGGACAAGAAGAUCGACCAGGUGAACGACCUGAUCCCCCUCCUGGAGGCCAUGGUCCAGGCCAAGGAACCCCUCCUGAUCAUGGCCGAGGACGUUGUCGGUGAGGCGCUCUCGGCCCUCGUGGUGAACAAGAUGCGAGGAGUGCUGGACGUGGUGGCCGUGAAGGCGCCCUCUUUCGGAGAGAGGCGCAAGAACUACCUGCAGGACAUCGCGAUCGCCACCGGCUCCACCUACGUGGCGGAGGAGGUCGGCCUUACUCUGGACCAGGUUAAGAUCGAGAUGCUCGGUACGGCAGACCGCGUCGUGGUGAUGAAGGAGCAGACGACGAUCGUGUCGGAUGGGAGGAACGACGAGGCGGUGAAGGCCCGCAUCAAGACCAUCCGCAAGGAUGCCGAGACCAGUGACAGCGCGUUCGACAAGGAGAAGGCGGAUGAGCGUGUCGCUGCUCUCGGUGGGGGUAUCGCUCGAAUCAAGGUUGGUGCGGCAACCGAGACCGAGCUGAAGGACAAGAAGCUGCGUUACGAGGACGCCUUGAACUCCGUGAAGUCAGCCCUUGAGCUGGGGAUCGUUCCCGGUGGCGGUGCCUGCCUGCAGUACCUCCAGAGGAUGGACGAAGAGUUCCGGGCCCGUGUGGAGGGCGAAGACCGCAAGGCCGGCGUGGGCAUCCUCAUGCGCUCCCUCAGCGCCCCUAUGAUGCAGAUCGCGAAGAACGCAGGCGUGGAGGGCGGGAUCGUUGUCGCCAAGUGCGAAAACAAGGACUGGGGCUUCGGCUACAACGCGGCAAACUCUGAGUACUGCGACCUGCUGAAGGCGGGUGUCCUCGACCCGGCAAAGGUGACGAUCAACGCGGUGGAGAACAGCGCAAGUGUGGCCUCGUUGGUCCUCACCACCGAGUGCCUCAUCGCCGAGAUCCCCGUGAAGGUGUCCGAGGCACAGCAGCAAGCCAACUACGACGCCAUGGGCGGCGGAGACUACAUGUAAACCGUCGUGGUAUCAUAGGAUCUUGCACCCCAACCAAUACUCCAUUGAUACGGGCCGUGGAUGGCGGCGAAGACUGCCGUAGUAUUGAACAUGCAGGGCACGGUGAAAAGCCAUCCCUAACACGUGCAAUAAGCGGUUAGGAUUAAGUGGAAAAUCCGGCCUGCCUGCGGAAGUCUGACCGAGGGGAGCGUUGUGAUGGGCUGUGACUCGACUUUGCUGCGUGAGCCUAGGGAAACUCGAGUGCAGGCGCACCUAAGCUUUUUUUGUCAGGAGAGGUUGGGACGUUGUGUUGGGCAGAGGCCAAGGUCUUGCUUUCGCCCUUGGGGUAGACGGGAGCUCCGAGUGAAGGCCCUGCUCGGUUCAUUUGAUUGGGAUGUGCUAUUUUAGUUAGUGGUGUAGUCGGUAGGGGGGUUAAUCAACACUCUUGUUUUGAUGUUUUUGCCUGCGGUCUCAGAUGCGCUCUUUUACUACUCGUGUCUAUAGGAGGGUUGGUGACCGAACCGCGGUCUAGACUUGCACGCACACAUGUGCCCCCCGCCGGUGCCGGCGGGGGAAAGGUCGAUGCGACGUUUUCUGUCGGUCGGAUCUUAAGUCGAUUCCUUGGCUGACCUUAUCGUCGAAGGUUUUGGCUUAGGGACGGAGGUUGGAAUAUGCCAACUAGAGGAGGCGGCAGCCAGUUGCGUAAUUAUGUGCGGGGAAACCGUGUUUGGCCGAUCUGCACCUGUAGUAGCGUGGUUUUUUGGCACUCUUGGCACUCCGUCGAACGACGCAGACCCGCUAGGUUUGCAUUCGCGUUCGGGAGACGGCGGGGUACAUGUGUUUGGGGCGCGUUCAUUGUAGAGGGGGGGAAUAUACUCAUUCCGAUCAUUAACCGACGUUUGCUGGUUAUUAUCUAGGUGCUGGCAUGGCACGAGCAACAGUCCGGCGCCAAUCAAAGUUGGAUGUGGAAACCGUCUCCCACCUCCUCCACGGACCCCAUUACCUACACACAUCCGCCCUUGUUUGGAACAAGUUUAUCAUCCGUCUGGUCGAAGGUAGUAACUCCUACUAAUGAUCCACUCAUUCUCUUGUCCCAUGCCAUUUUGUUUCUACGGGUGGGUGGGGCUGCGACGGCCAUAAGGGACAAAUAGUACUUGCUACAAAUAGUAAACCCUUAGCAGGAUGCAGCGCACCCUUCAUGCGACUCGCCGAAUAUCUCACGGCGCUUCGCGCUUGGUGACGUGAGAGCCUGGUCCGGUGAGAACCCGGCGUGCUCCGUCCCGGCUUUGUAGGGAUGCGAGGUCAAUGGUCUAACGACUACGGCAUNGGGAUAGCUACAUACUGAAACCUCACGAGUUGAGUGAUGUUGGAAAGUGCCGGACACAUAACGCUUGAGGGAGGAAAGGNUACUGAAAGCUCACAGAUGGAUUGGUUUUUGAGUUUGCCAGACACAUACAUAGACGCGCUGCGUGGAGAUAGCUAAAUUUACAUACUGAAACCUCACGAGUUGAGUGAUGUUGGAAAGUGCCGGACACAUAACGCUUGAGGGAGGAAAGGCACAUACUGAAACCUCACAGGGUGAUUUGCAUUAGAGAUUGCCGGACACAUAGACGUGUUGAGUGAAGAUAGCUACAUACUGAAACCUCACAAAUGGAUUGGUUUUUGAGUUUGCCAGACGCAUUCUAGACGCGAUGCGUGGGGAUAGCUACAUACUGAAACCUCACGAGUUGAGUGAUGUUGGAUAUUGCCGGACACGUGAACGCUUUGAGGGAGGAUAGACACAUACUGAAACCUCACAGGUUGAUUUGUGUUGGAGAUUGCCGGACACAUAGACGUGUUGAGUGAGGAUAGCUGCAUACUGAAAGCUCACAGAAGGAUUGGUUU